AUGAUCAGUCCAACGUCUGUAUCGCGAGUGCCGAAAGCAUGCGAGCCGUGUAAUAGGCGCAAAGUCCGUUGCAAUGGCCAGCAACGAUGUCAGCAGUGCGAGCACCUCGAUCUCCUCUGCACCUACAAGGAGAACCGCUCAGCGCGAUCAAGGAAACACACACUGCGUCGCGGUGCCAUCAUCUCAAAUUACAAAAGCGGCACUCCAAAGACAACCUCUUUGAUGCCCCGUCUUGCGCCAACAACCCAACUCCCAACCUCAUACUUCGAAAGCCUGCUCCCAGACUAUAUGUCCUUUGUAUACCCAUUCAGCCCCAUAAUCACCGGCGCAGAAGUCCACGCCUCCAUCGAAAGAAUGGCCGAAAGGGAACACGCUGCUUUCGUCUACGCCUUCACAGCAGUAACCCUCGACCUAACCCGCGCUUCAAAAAGCACCUCAACCCCCUCAACCUGCCAAAUAUCAGACCUAAUGCGCCAAUCCGUGGAAAUUCAACAACCACUCACAAUAGGCUUCCGACCAUCUAUCAUUCGCACAAUGACAAGUAUCUUUAUCCAGAUGUGCGCCAUGAGUCUAGGCCACUAUGAUCUAGGCUUCUUCUACCUCCGCGAAGCAAUCAGCAUGCUCCACAUGCUCCGCAUAACCGACAAAGCCGCACUAUCAGAUCUAUCCGCCUCAGAACGAGCCCGUCGCCAGCGUCUCUAUUGGCAAUGUUUCAUUCACGAGCGCUUUAUGUCAAUAGUUUAUUUUUCGCCUGUGACGCUGCCCCCGGCAGAGUAUCCAGAAGAGGAUCCCACGGCGUCUGUGUCGCUGGAGAUUCAGCGCGGGUGGAUGCAAGUGAUAAAGACAUUCUGCAUGCUCGACGCGAGUUUCAUAAGUCAUUGGAUCGGGGAUCGAUCGCAGGUGACUGCCUCGUGGGUUGAGGGGAAACACCGCGAGUUAGACGAUGAGUUAUGGGAAGCUGAGGUGUCGAUGCUGUCUGAGUUGCAGCAGGCGGACUUGGUGAUUACGAGACAGUGGAUGCGGACGUUGCUGUGGCAGAUGGCGAUGUCGAAUUGUUUGCUGAGUUCGCAUGCGUCGUGUCCUUCGUUGGAGUUGGAGAUGCCUUUGACAUUGUCUAGUCAGUUGAGGCAGUUUCUGACGAAGAUUUCGCAGAAUACGAUUCGGGUGCAUGGGUCGUCGAUGAUUAGCAAGUUGUUGGAGGUUAUUAAUACUAUUGCAGAUGUGGUGAUUCAUGUGCCGCAGGCGACGACGGAGGAGACGACGGAGAGGAUUGAUGAUAUUGUUUUCAUGCAGAGUGUGGUGUUCUCAUUUCAUAAUAUGCAGGCUAUGUCGAAGAAUAUUCUGCUGGAUAAGUUUCGGUUGAUUCAGGGGAGGUUUCCGCAUAUCGAAGUUGCUACACAGUUGGCGGUUUAA